AUGAAAUGGAUGAAUGGAAUGGAUGAAUUGGAAUGGAUGAAUUGGAAUGGUUGUAUGGAUAAUUUGCGUAAUAAUGAUAAUAAUGAUGAUGGCGGUGAUCAUGAUGAUGAUGAUAAUGUUGAUGGCAAUGGUGAUGAUAAUGAUGGCGGUGACUAUAAUAAUGAUGAUAAUUAUAAUGGUAAUAGUGGCAAUGAUGGUGGUGGCGAUGAUUAA